AUGACGGAACCGAGUGAUUUUACAGUGACCGAGCUGCUUACCAGGGCUAAAGCACUCGGAUUGCAGUUCGGCGGCACGAAGGCCGAGAUUAUCGCCCGGCUAACGGCCCACGACCCGACGGGCGGAUGGAUGAAAGACGACGAUUUAAUCGAGCUUGGCGCGGUCGGAAAAGAGGUUCAAGAUAGCGCAUGGAACGACGCAGAUUCUGGACGUGAACGAGAGUUCGCCGAUCGCGAAAAAGACUUGGAGCUUAUGAGGCGUGAACGCGAAAUCGAGUUUAGUAACCGCGAAAGAGAAUUGAUGCGACGCGAGCUCGAGCUUGCCCGACGCGAAAUAGACAUGUUACGACGAAACGAUUGCGCAUCCGCUGUAGAGAGUGAGCCGCGAGCGCGGGAUUCGCGUGAAGACGCAGCAAUGGCGGCGUCACGUCUCUCGACGAAUCUGAACUUGAAAAUGAUUACCGAGUUAGUAAGUGAAUUCGACGGUACACCUGACGUGUUCGACGUGUGGGAAAGACAAGUGCAGUUUAUGAAAGCGACGUACAACUUGGCGGAUGACGCCGCGAAGACGCUGAUCGGAAUGAAGCUCAGGAAGAAGGCAUUCGAAUGGCUGCAUUCCAGAGCCGAACAUUUGGCGAUGACCUUUGACGACCUCAUGAGCGAGAUAGGACGAAUGUAUUGUCCAAAACAAAAUAAGAUUGAUUUGCGGAAAAAGUUUGAAGCGCGUGUGUGGAAGAAAGGUGAGACAUUUCGCGAAUACGCUCAUGAUAAAAUCGUAAUCGGUAACCGUGUACCGAUCGACGCGAGUGAUAUGGUAGAUUAUUUAGUAGAGGGAAUUCCCGACCGAGCUUUGUGCAACCAGGCACGCAUGCAGAGUUUUACGACAAAAGAGUCUUUGAUCGACGCGUUCGACAAAAUAACGUUGCGAGAACAAUCAUCGGCGAGUUCGACGCAGCAGGAGAAGCGGAACGUCGGCGUGGCAAAGGCUCCGGUUGACGGAAAGAGCGCUCGUAGUGACAAGAAUGAAGCCAGCAGCAGCAAGAAGAAGACCGAUAAUCGCAAGAGCUGUUUCAACUGCGGUUUACCGGAUCACGUGAGUGCGACAUGCCCUUCGAAAGAUCUGGGUCCGAAGUGCUUCAAUUGCAAUGAACAUGGGCACAUCGCAACUAAAUGUUCGAAGAAGAAAGAUGCAACGACGAACGAAGCUCGUGCUGUGACAUUUAGUCCGCGCAAGAGAUAUAUGAAGACGGCGAAAAUUUUGGGCAACGAUAUUGAGGCACUCAUAGAUACCGGAAGUGACCUGACACUGAUGUGCAGGGACGAGUACGUGCGAAUCGGAUCCCCUCCGCUUCGACCGACGGAAGUGCGUUUCACGGGAAUAGGUUCACCUGCUCAUUCGGCGUUAGGAGAAUUUCAGACGGAGAUCGUGAUCGAUGGACAUCGCUUCCCGAUCCUCAUACGUGUUGUUGCGGACGUCGUAUCCCGGCAGAGAUUGUUGAUUGGAACUGAUUUCUUGGAAUCGAGGAACUUCCACGCAAGGAAAGGCAUGAUUUACGUGGAUCCUGACGACGACAAUGACGAUUUACCUGAGGUUUUAUACGUUAAUGUAUUUGACGAAGAGCACGCCGAGGAAGUCGACCUCUCUCAUAUUGACGAUGACGAUAUGAGGAGACAGAUUACGUCUUGUAUUGAGACUUACAAACCCGAUAAAGCGGCAGAGACGACGGUGAGCAUGAAGCUCGUACUAAAGGAUGACGAACCAGUGUACCAGAAGGCGAGACGUUUAGCAGCCAGUGAAAGAGACAUUGUGAACGCUCAGAUUGAGGACUGGAUGAGCCAAGGUAUAGUCCGACCAUUAUCAUCCGACUACGCUAGUCCGGUGGUCUUAGUUAAGAAGAAAGACGAGACGUAUCGCCUGUGCGUCGACUAUCGCCUCCUUAACAGGAAGAUAGUCCGCGAUAGGCAUUCGCUGCCGCUGAUCGAGGACCAGCUGGACCAACUUCAGGGCUCAGAGGUUUUCAGUGUUCUCGACUUGCAGAACGCGUUUUUCCAUGUGCCGAUGGAUCCUGCGAGCGUAAAGUAUACCGCGUUUAUCGUUCCUGACGGACAAUUUGAAUUUUUAUGCAUACCAUUUGGUUUAUGUUAUAUAGAUGGAUUAGAGAGAUUAAAGUUAGUGCUUGAGAUUGCGAGUAAAGCUGGAUUAUUUAUUAAUUGGAGAAAGUGUUGUUUGUUAAAAAGUCGCGUCGAGUUUUUGGGCCACAUAAUCGAGCAAGGGAUUGUCAGGCCAUCAGAACGGAAGACUGAGGCAGUCAAGCAGUUCGCUGAGCCCAAAAACAUUCGGCAAGUGCAGGCUUUUUUGGGUCUGACCGGUUAUUUCCGGAAAUUCAUCGCAGAUUAUUCAAGGAUUGCUCGACCCCGAACGGAUCUUUUACGGGCGAACGUCAAGUUCCGUUUUAAUGACGCUGAAAGAAGAGCUUUUGAAACGCUGAAGGUGUUCUUGGCCAGCAACCGGGCUAUUUUAUUGCAACGCAACGGAGACGACGGAUUGCUGCAUCCAGUAUACUUUGCUAGCGGCAAGACGACACCUGCGAAGGAGAACUAUUCUAGUUACGAGCUGGAAGUACUCGCAAUCAUCAGAGCUCUUCGACGGUUCCGUGUGUAUCUCUUGGGCAUACCUUUCAAGAUUGUGACGGAUUGCAAGGCAUUCACGAUGACCAUGAACAAGAAAGAACUCUGCGUCCGCGUAGCGCGAUGGGUGCUACUGUUAGAAGAAUUCCAGUAUUCAAUAGAACACCGAUCUGGCCGUAGCAUGCGGCAUGUUGAUGCGCUGAGUCGCAAUCCGCUUCCUGCAUGCCUGACGAUUGACGAGAGUGAAGAAAGUUUGACGGCACGGCUAUGUAGAGCACAACGAGACGACGACGAUAUUUGGGAGAAGAUUGAGCGAGUGGAGAAAGGAGAACUUUGCGGUUACAGCGUGCGAGGCGGUCUAUUGUACAAAGACGUUGGAGAUGAGACACGCAUCGUUGUUCCUAAGCCGAUGCAACUGUAGAUAAUUCGGUUGGCGCAUGAACGAGGCCAUUUUGCAAUCAACAAGACGGAGACGCUGGUCAGUAAUGACUAUUGGAUACCUGACCUAAGAGCGAAGACCGAGAAGGUAAUUCGGAACUGCAUCUUGUGUAUUUUGGCCGAGCGACAACGAGGGAAGCGAGAGGGCUUCCUCAACCCCAUCGAAAAGGGCAGUGUGCCCCUUGAUACUUUCCACGUGGAUCAUUUGGGCCCGCUACCUUCAACAAAGAAGUUAUACGCCCAUAUUUUCGUCGUAGUGGACGCAUUUACCAAGUUUGUCUGGCUGUAUGGGACAAAAUCGACGACGUCGGCGGAGGUAAUCGACCGGUUGCGGAAACAAUCAAUUAUCUUUGCCAAUCCACGGAGAAUUAUCUCCGACCGUGGCACUGCGUUUACAUCCAAGGACUUUGAGAGUUACUGUCACGAGGAAGGCAUCGAGCAUAUUUUGACGACGACCGGAGUACCUAGAGCUAACGGUCAAGUUGAAAGAGUCAACCGCACCUUGAUACCGCUGUUGAGGAAACUGUCUGCUCCUAAGCCGGACGAGUGG